AUGAGAUUAGACUUCAUAACCCGUAUAUCAACAUAUCAAGUAGCAGGCAUUCUUAAAGUUCAAAUGUCAUCGAACUCAUCCGAUGCGAUAUUGAUUGCAAAUCUAAUUUCGAUCUCAACUGAAAUGAAUCGUUAUUUCUCGAUUCUAAUUUUUCUAUUCGGUACCGUUGGUAAUAUUUUAAAUUGUCUUGCAUUAUCUCAACGAACUCUCCGUUCAAAUCCAUGUGCGUCGUUCUUUCUGGCGUCAUCGUUUAGUAAUUUAAUAACUUUAAUUUCCGGUGUUGCUGUUCGUCUGUUAGCAGGUUGGAACGCUGAUUUAACCGGCACGAAUAACUGGAUCUGUAAAAUUCGUAUUUUCGUUUUGUUUACUUCACGAACUGCUGCUUCAUGGUUGAUUACAUUCGCAACAAUCGAUCGAUGGCUUUCAUCAUCGGUUGAUGUUCAUUAUCGACAAUUGAGUACAUUGAAAAAUGCCCGACGUGGGAUGAUUUUUGUUGUACUUCUCUCCAUUAGUACGUACGCACAAUUAUUGUAUUGUUAUCAAGCAAAUCUAGUCAAUGCGCCGUUAAAAUGUUAUUCGAAAACAAUGAUAUGUCGUCUAUUGUACGACUUUGAAUUUAUUGUGAUAACUGUGUUUCUUCCAACAUUGUUAAUGACUGUGUUUGGAUUGAUGACAGUUUUCAAUAUUCAACAAUCUAAACGACGUCGAAUUCAACCAUAUUCAACAAUGGUAAGAAUGAAUUAUUUAGCCAGUACGAGAGAAGAAGUUCAACGAUGGGGGAAAAAAGAUCGUUCUCUUCUAUUAAUGCUUUUUAUUCAAAUCAUUUUAUUGACGAUAUUUUCACUUCCACAAGCAAUUCAAAGUCUUUAUGCAAAUAUAGUUCGUGAACAAACUCAAUCGGCGAUUGCGAAUGCCAUCAAUAAUUUUGUUUUAAACAUAUUCUUUCUCUUGACAUACGUUACGAAUGGAAUGCCAUUUUAUAUUUAUACACUCACUGGUGGUUCACUUUUUCGCAAAGCAUUGUUUACUUCACUACGAGAGCUCUGUCCAAAGUUCACUUGA